CGUAUAUAACAACAUCCCAUCUAUCUCUUUUUCUCCUAAUCGAUAUUUCAACUUCCUUCUCUCUCUCUCUCUCACUUUCUUCGUCAUUGUCUCUCCUUCUGUAACUUCUCUUCUCUCUCUCUCCUUUCUCAUUUGUAUCUGAUAUCCUUUUUCUGCUAGAUUUAAUUAGCAUAACGUCGAUGAAGAAGGCUACAUCAGCGUCGGCCAAGAUGGCAACGGUAAAGGAUGAGUGGGUGGCGGCGGCGAUGACGGACGACCAGAUGGUCAUAGAGCUUCUUCUACGUCUGAAGCAAGCGGGAACGACGACGGUUUCAGAGAAUCUGCUUCCGUUACAGUGGGGAAUCCGUCAACGGAGGUCACGGCCGUCAAGAUUCGGUGGCGUUUCGUUGAAGAAAGGUUUAGUUUCCGCAAGAGGCAGUCCGAAGACUCCUCUCUCGUGGAGCGACGGAUCUGGAAGUGGCGGAGGUUUCUCUGCGUCUCCCUCCGCCGCUGCGGGCGAUGGGGUUGAGGAAACGAGUCGUCAAGCUAGCUGCUCCACGUCAACAGCUUCCGGAUCUAAGGCUUUUCCAACAAACGUAAUCACAAGUUCUUUCUCCAAGAGACUGAAGAGAAAGAAGUUAAAGUCAUCUUCGGAGCUUAAAUACGAAGAGAACUUGAAGUUGAAGGAAAAACUCGAACUUCAAAAGGAGAUUGCAAGUCUCCGAGCAACAUUCGAGGAACAAAACCUAAGGAACCAAAGGUUGAAAAGGAUUAAGCUUGACUUGAACUCAGGCCGUGUCAAGAACGAGACUCCCGUUGAUCUGUUUAGUAAAUCACAAGGCGAAUCAAAAUCUUGCAGAGUAGAGGAGACUUCCGAAAAUCAGGAGAGCUUCUUCCUCCCUGAUCUGAACAUGGUACCUUCGGAAGAGUAAGAGAUAUUGCAUGGAACUAGCUAAGUGGCAGCUUAUCUAAGGUUUUUUAGAUCUCGAUCUGAUUUUACAAUCAAGAAGGGAGCCAUAGACUUUACACAAACAAAAGUGAAUGUAAUAAGUGUAAUGUCUCCUCACAUCAUUCUUUGUGUUCUGUUUUCUUCCUUUUUUGAGUGUAAAACACUCAUUACUUCUUGGUUUUUAUUAAGAAGGCGGUGGAAAUUAGGUUCUUUUAACUUUUUGUUCUCUCACUAUUGUAUCGAUUCGUUGUAGUUAAAAAAGCUUUGUUGGAAAUUGUUAAGUAAGAGGAAAAAGUAGAACAACUAGUUGAC